GAUCCUCCUCCUCCUUCUCCUCCUCAUUCUCCUCCUGCAGCUGACCGUGGCUCCAUUGAUCGGGGAUCAGUGCUCGGUGUCCCUGUGUCGGUCCCUCUCCUGGAUCUUCCCGAGAUGCUGAAAGUCACUCUGCCCUCCUCAUCCUCAUCGUCCUCCUCCUCCUCCACUGCCUUCUCCUCCACCUCCUCCACUUCAUCCAGGUCCGCCAGCGCUGCCCCCGACUACUGGAUCGAUGGCUCCAACAAGGACACCUUGGCCCAAUACUACGAGCUGGAGUCCGAGCUGGGACGGGGAGCAACAUCCGUUGUAUACAGAUGCAGACAAAAAGGAACUCAGAAGCCUUUUGCUGUCAAGAUGUUGAAGAAAACUGUAGACAAGAAAAUAAUACGAACAGAAAUCGGUGUACUGUUACGCCUUUCACAUCCAAAUAUCAUCAAAUUGAAGGAGAUUUUUGAAACCCCUGCAGAAAUUAGUCUUGUUCUUGAACUGGUGACGGGAGGAGAACUGUUUGACAGGAUUGUGGAAAAAGGAUAUUAUAGUGAGCGAGAUGCUGCUGAUGCUGUGAAACAGAUUUUAGAAGCUGUUGCGUAUUUGCACGAAAAUGGCAUUGUUCACCGAGAUCUCAAGCCGGAAAAUCUCCUCUAUGCUACUCCAGCACCAGAUGCUCCUUUGAAAAUUGCUGACUUUGGGCUCUCAAAAAUUGUGGAUGAUCAGGUGACAAUGAAAACUGUGUGUGGGACUCCAGGAUAUUGUGCUCCAGAAAUUCUGAGAGGAUGUGCUUAUGGACCUGAAGUGGACAUGUGGUCUGUGGGUAUAAUUACCUAUAUACUGCUGUGUGGUUUUGAACCUUUCUAUGAUGAACGUGGGGACCAGUACAUGUUCAAGAGAAUUCUUAACUGUGAUUAUGACUUUGUCUCCCCCUGGUGGGACGAUGUAUCUCUGAAUGCCAAGGACUUGGUGAAAAAGUUGAUUGUGUUUGACCCAAAGAAGCGUCUCACCACUCACCAAGCAUUGCAGCACCCCUGGGUCACAGGAAAAGCUGCAAACUUUGCUCAUAUGGACACUGCACAAAAGAAACUGCAAGAGUUUAAUGCAAGACGCAAACUAAAGGCAGCCGUUAAAGCUGUAGUAGCCUCAACUCGUUUAGGAAGUGCCGGCAGCCACAGCAGCCACGACAGCAAUAAGACAAGCCGAAACCCGUCUCCCAUUCAAGAGAGUGGCCAUGAAGAAAGAACAACAGCAAAAUCCAAACAGGGAGAGGAAGGAGCCUCUUGAGUUCGCCACCUCCAUGUUUGGGUCUGGGUCUCUGCCAUUUCAUGCACCAGCUACAUCAAUCUUUUUCUUACAGGAAAGAUUCCUUAGCAUGGCCUUCUGGCAGUUCUUUUCAUGGGUUGCAAUGAAAUGCACAAGUUGGUUCUACUCUGUUCAAUGCAUGUGACUGCUUAUCAAAAUAGUUACUAUGGGGGUGACCUGAGACAUGGAAGGUGUAGUGCUCUUUCUACACAAGAAGUAUGACAUGAGCAAAUAUUCAAUUAUAACCUUGAUAUGCAUAUAGUAUCUACACUCUAGCUAGAGAAUGAAAUGAGUAGUGUUUCAUUUUACAAUUUUAUAAAAGUAAUGGACUUCAUAGAGGAUAUUCUACUAGUAGGAUUUUAAUUUCAUAUUAUAUCAUGUUGAUGGUAUGAACAAUAAUGUUUAAAACUUAUGUUUUACAUUACAGGGCCAUUUGACAUAAACCAUAAUUUGGUUUACAUAAAGAAGCUAUUAAUACCACUCAUACAAGAUACAUAUUCCAAUCAUUUACAAUCUAAAAGAAUUUCAAAGCCCUUACCAGAUUAAACCAAAUCACAGGGACAAAAAUACAGUUCUAUAAAACUUUGCAGAAAAACAGGUUUCUUAUAAUUUGGGAUACAUGUUCAUUCUGUUCAUGUGUGUGACCCCUCUCUGCUCAGCUUCUACAUUAUCAGUAAAAUGGCAACUACUUCCAGAGAGUUUUUAAUGACUUAAGUGAGCAAUUUCCUCUGUUUUAAAGUACUUCUAUGCACAUUGCAUACUUUUGUGGAUAUGUAAUGCCAGUAUGCAAGCCCGGACUGGGACCAAACAUGUCCGGGCAUUCCAGACUGAGCAGCCAAUUACUCCAGGGACGUGGAGCCUAUUUGAUAACUGGUAAGUUAGGUCACUAAAGCUGUAGGACUUAAAA